UUCACUCUUUAAACAAAACUUUUUAUUAAACAUAUUAAAGCUAAUGAUGGUGGUUAUAAUUCAAACAGUGACUUAGACACAAGAUAAACUUGAACAGUAGGAACUAUAAAAAUAUUUAAACAUAAUGAACCUCUUGCUGUUUACUCUCUGUUAGUAAUUAUUGUAUGAUGAUAGAAGUGUGUUUAAACCAAGGCAGUUGUAAUGAGAUGACAAAGACUCCUGCAAGACAACUGAGGGGUUACCUAUGAUAAAUUAAGUGAAGCAUGUUUAUUUCUGGUGUAUUUUUGUGUGUCCAUGCUGUGUGUGACUUGUGGGUGUAUAAAUAGCAGUGUUUACCUGUGCCCUAAAGUCCUUCAGCCUCUCUAAAUAAAGCAAAGUGAUAAUAUUUGCAAACAAAGCAUCCAUUAGAGCAAAGACAUAAAUUUUAAGCCCGAGCGAGCUGAGGAAAAUUUCUGCGCAUGAUAUGAAUCCAAUUACUGAAAUUAUAUUCAUCAUCAUAAUUAGACUCAACGCUUGCAAACAAAAACACUUUUAAGGUCUGAUCAAGGAUGAAAUUCAAUCAGUUUCAUCUUAGCUGUUUGGAAAUAUGAGGAGCAUAAUAAUGUUAAUAUAAGUAACAGACAGACAGUAAACAGGCAACUUUCCAGACUCAUUUUAGUGUAAUUUGUUGGUUUGUAUUAAGAUACAACACAAGGAUGGUUGCCAGGCAGAAAGAAAAAAAGGCUUCAGAUGGUCUCAUAUGAUCCUUCAGCACCAUCUAGUGAUUAGGUUGAUUAUGAGGCUCCAAACUGUGAGGAAAGGAGACAGCGUAUUGGUCUCAUACACUUGAUGAUUCAGUGUGUUGGACCUGUAUGGUGUGUCUAUAGAGUACAAAAUUUUCCUUUAUAUAAAAAAAUCUUUACAAGUCUCUGGGUUUUCUGUGAAAUCUUUAAAGCUAAAUUAAAUGAAAAUGUAACGUGAAGGUUCGAUGUGAGGUGGUAGGAUGAUUCUAGUGAUGAGAAACAGCAGGAUGGAGAUGGACAACUUUCUUAGCAGCACUUUUACUCUCCAGCCAUCUCGUCAUCCUCACAACAUAACCCAAAAACUUAACAUUCUAGACAACCCUGAUCACAUGUCACAGCACUAACCAAUCAGAGGCUAGGACCUCAAAAUAAAUGUAAAUGAACCUCAGAAACACAUUCUGCAUAAUCUGCUAACCCUCACAAACAGCUGCAGAGAAAAGCAUUUAAACUUGUAAAUAUGAACCUGUUAACACUUUGUGAAUAGUUCUCUGUAUGAAUUCGAUAAACACUAUUUUUAGCUUAAAUUAGAGACAGUUAACAUAAAUAUAUGAAUUGACUUAACUAUUAAAGCUUACAAAUACACCGUACAAAUAAUAGUUGGCUUAUGUCUUAUUUAGUUUUUUAAUUCUUAUAGCUGACAACUGCUCAUCAUUUUUACUUUUGAUUUUAAAAAAUUGAACUUUAUUUGAAUAGAUUAUUUAAUAAUCAUAUAUUAUUUGACCUCUAGCAGAGAAUCUUAGUAUAUAUAUCUUCCACUGCUUUCUAUGAACACAGAAGUCCUGGCAAAGUUAAAACAACAACAAUGGUGACACCUUCAGUAUGAGUUUAGUAGCAAUGUCAACGCCUCAUAAAAGUGUCCGGCAGGCUCAUCUAAGUUGAAACACGAGUUCUGAUACACAUGUCGAAAACAUUUCCCAGUAUAACAUCCAUAAAUAGAUGUCUUGUUUGGAGGGCAUGUGGAAACUGUUGAUCACUAUGUCUAAAAAAAACUCUGAAUGUGCACAUUAUGAAAUUAUCAUUCAAUAUUGACAGUAAAAUUAAAUAUUCCUUAUACAGUAAAAAAGGGUCAAAUUAUCAUUAAUAAAAAGUAAAAUAUUAAAUUAAAUCCGCUCUAGAGCAAAUGUAUCAUUUGCUUCUGUCAUGUCAGUCAAAAUUAACUAUACUUAUGAAUGCUGAAUAGUCAUUCCCUAUAAAACUAAUAGUCCUCGUUUCAUUGCUUGAGUCAUUACAUACAAAAUUGUUGAACUCGUUCUCAAAAUCUGUCCAGCUGAUUUCAUACAUUUCUUUCUCUCUUUUUUUUUUUUUAACCUCCUGGUCACUGUCGUCCCGCUGCCUGAACCUUCGUGAGGUAGAGGCAGCAGAAGAAUCAGCACAGGAGGCACCAAGAGAAGCAAAAGAGGAAAACUCCAGGAGAGAUGCAGAAGAGAAAGCAAGAGGAGGAGCAGGAAGAGGAGCAGAGGUAGGAGGAGGAGAAGGGGAAGGAGGAGGAGGAGGAGGAGGAGAAGGAGGAAGGGGAAGUGGAUCAAAUAUUUGGGAUAUAUAUUUAAACAUAUGUAUUUUUAAUAUUAUUUAUUUAAUAUAUAGAAUAUAAUUUAUAUUUGAGGAUUAUGAACGGUAUUCUGCUGUUGGAGUAUAAUGACCACAUAAGUGCGAUAAUAACUAUAGUUAAGAUAACAGAGUUACUACACUUAGAAUAAAAGCAGACAGCUAACAGCAGCUCUGCAUCAUUUAUUUUAUUUUAUAUAUUUGAUCAUUAGGACAGCAUCACUGAUUUUAGACUUUUAACUCUGACUGCAAAUCAGCAGCACCGUAUGUGAACCAUGGAGGCCAGGAUCUACAGUUUCAGAUCACUGUGCAGGAGGUUGGUCUUCUGUUAUAACCCAGAUCCACUUGCCCAUAAUUCUGACCAGAACUGAACCAUGCAAGAUUCACUUAAACAGCCCAUGCUAAUCAUCACACCUACUUUUCGCACCUAUCACAGAUCUCUUUCACAGCCUGUUUUUCAGUGCAUCUAGGCCUGUCGCGAUAAUCAAUUAAUCGCCUUAUCGCUCGAUAAAUAAAAACGAGGUCGGAUAAACUCCCACGCCUGUUCUGUCUUUAUAUUAUCCAUUCUUUUUUUCAAUCUUUUAUUUCUAAAUGUGAUGUGGUUGUUUCAAAGUGAGAACAAUAUAUCAAAUAAAGAGGUAAUCUUUUCUCCAUUAAACUGAUCUGGAGAGGAAGAGGCAGAAGACAAAGCAGAGUUAGUGAACCCUCCUGUCAGUCAUUCAGUGUCUUUGUUACGAGGGGGCGCGCACGCAGGUACACGUAGGCGCGCACAGGCACACAGACACAGACUUUUGGAUACAGUGCUGCAAGUGAGCGUCGUGAGUGAAAAGCAAGCAAACAGAAUGAACACGACAGCUUUGGUGUCUAAACCGAACGCAACAGCCCAAGUGUGGGAAUAUUUCAUACUUUAAACCACUUUUGUUUUCGCAACCACAAAACUCCACGUGUGUGCGCGCGCGCGCGUAUUCUGUGUGUUGGAGGAGCACAUGAGGCUGACGAGAGCUGUCAGAGCGGACUGAAGCUGCUCCUAUAUGUUUAGCGUGUAACUGACUGAGUUUUGCAACUCUGUUCGUCAUUUUCGUCUCGUCCCAUCAAGGUAAACACACUUUCGUCUCGUCACAUUUUAGUCAUCUCCGACUUAUGUUUAGCUCGUCAACGUUACGUCUUCGUCGUGGGUGAAAUUAAAGUUUAUCACUUUUGACACGGUGUACUCGCAUUAUUAUGCCAUUUCAUAUCAUUAUCUAUAAUUUAAAAACGGUGUCAAUAAUAUCGUUUAUCGGCGAUAAUUUGUAGCACAAUUAUCGUCCAGCAAAAUUUGUUAUCGUGACAGGCCUAAGUGCACCUAAUUAAUAAGAGCAAGAGUUGAAGAAAUGCACACAGUGGCUGCUACACAAAUCUAAAUCUUAUCUCCUCACUCAACAUCAGUGGUUCUCAAGUCCAGUCCUCGAGGCCCACUGUCCUGCAUGUUUUGGAUGUUUUCCUGCUCCAACACAAACCGAUUCAAAUGAUCAGCUCGUUAUCAAGCUCUGUAAUGGCUUAAAAACGAGCUGAUCAUUUGAAUCAGGUGUGUUGGAGCAGGGAAAAACAUCCAAAACAUGCAGGACAGUGGGCCUCGAGGACUGGACUUGAGAACCACUGCUCUACAUCAAAGCACAGUAUGAACCAACAAAUCCCUAAAAACACACCUUCCAUUAUUUUAACAAUAUAAUUCCUUAAUCUAUGAAUUAAGCUUAACAGCCAUGGCAAAAUACAUCCUCCUAUCAAAGAAACACACAACUAAAUAUCAUCUCAAUACUUACUCUCAAAAUCCUCAAUGUUUGGACACCUGUGGCUCAUAGAUGAAUUCAUGGCAAACUAAUGAUUGUUAUUGAAUCCGUGUAUAAUCCGUGUAUAAUUCGUUCAAUUGAUAUUCAAUCAAGAAUCAAACAAAUAAAUGAAAAUUCGUUCGUUCAUAAUUGAUCGUAAUUGUGGAGACGUCCACACAAACAUUGAAUACAACCAACAAGCGAGGUGUAUAGGCUGUCACAAGAUAACACAGGUAAUAUGUAGUACUUUAUUUUUUACCGUAAUGACGUCACUCCGUUGCGUACUGCGUCACCAGUAGGCGUCAGUCUGAAUUGUAAACACUUCUCUUGCUGCAGUAACAGCAGCGUCUUUAGUUUUAGUUUGCAGAGUUGUCUGUCAUGAUAUGUAUGCGUUUAGUGUGUUAUCCUCUACAGGUUUUUAAUUUCUGUAGAUAUCAGAUUUUGUUAUAAAGUCUAUUUCCGGUGCUUUACAAGGCGGCUUUUAGUUACAGUCAUAGAGCUAAUCUUAGCUGUUGAGCUAGUUUCAUCUCGCUAGCUUGGUAACACUAGAGGUGUAGACUUUAUCUUUUCCUUUUCAAGAAGUCUACUCGACAGUCAGUGUGCAGUCUUUAGUUAAAAGCUCACCCUUCUUGUUUGUGCUGAAAUGGUCCUUUCCUUGGUUAGCCUCUGUGCCAGGGAGGUGGUGAGUGACCACAGCUCGUCGCCCAGCUGGUUGAGGUGGGUGCCCAGGGAGCUGUACAGGGCGCUGCUGGAGGCCUCGUUCAGGAGCUGCAGACCGCUGGCUGUAGGUGAGCUGGUGCAGAGAUGGCCUGAACGUACCUUGCGUGUUGGCGGAAGUAGGAAACGGGGCCAGGCUGCGCCAAAUCGACUCUGCAUACAAGCCCUGUUACUUGCUGUUGUCAGAGGAUUGACCGACCGAAGGUAAGAGACAGUUUCUUCAUUAACACGGUAAAGGCUUGCAGAAGCACACUGCAAAAACAGUCCUACUAGAAAGAAGCAAAAUAUUCUUACAUUCAAUCAAAUAAUCUUGAACAAGCAAAACAAAUCUGCCAGUCUUGUCAAGCUUUUUUUGCUGGACAAGAAUUCUCAAAAUAAGAACACAUUUCUUGGCUCUGACAGACUGAAAUGAAACUUAAAACUAGACAGAAAAUCUUAUAUUAAUCUAAUUUAUUUCUACAGCAAUGAAAAAUGAAGAUGAAGUUACUUAAAAUUAGAAUUUUAGUCUCUUGACUAAAUGAAUUUCAAGAAAAUACACUUUAAUCUAGGAUUAUUAAUGAGCAUGACAGCAGUUCAAAUAAGACAUAAAUACUUAAAACAGCAUAGCAAAUAAAAGUGAUGUUGUCAUCAAUCAAGAUACCAAAACAUUCUCAUUGAAUAUAUUUUUUUAAUUCCUCAAGCAAGCAUGUGGAAAGCAAGCAUGUUCUUUGCUGUUUUGCAGUUUUCAUCUGGUCAUUGUAUUAUGUUGUGUGUUGUACAGACUCGCCUGCUGACAUCUUCAUAUGUCAGAUAAUGUAUGAGGCAACAGAUUCUGUCAGGUUCAGAUGACCUGCAAUGGAAAUCUUAAUAAAAAAAAUCAGCUGUUCUUGUUUCAUGGCAUUCUUAAAUUGAGAAGUUGCACAUAUGUCUUAAGCUGUGUCAGAAAUGAAUCACUCAAUUCCUAACCCCCAUAUGGGGUUUCACUACAUAGCUGACUAUAUAGUGAGCUCAAUCACCGGAGGUUUCGGACACUACCGUUGUGACAUUGCCGCUAGAGACACAAUGCAUGACGGGAUGCCCACCACCGGUGAGUGACCAUCAGAUGGUCACUACAUUUUGCAAUGCUUUAUGGGAAAUUUUGAGUUGCCUAUAUAGGGGCAUUAGAAUUGAUUACUCAGGUUUCGGACACCCCUCAAAUUGGCACUAACCCCCAUAUAGUCGCCUACAUAGGGGUAAGGGAUCCAUUUCGGACACAGCCUUACUCUUAAAAUGGGACGAAUGAUCUUGUUGCUCUGCUGGAUUUUAUUGUAAAACAGAUUUCUACUCCAUUUCUGGUUCAUUCUAUCUCAAGAUUAGCUGGAAUAUCUUAUCAAGAAAAAGUUAGCCAUUUUCGCUUAAAAUUAGAUCAUUUUUCCAACGCCAAACAUGCUCGACAAGAUUAAUAUUCUUUUUGUACAAAAUAAGACAUUUCCUCAAUAUAAGGCUUUUUUCCUUUCUUGAAAAUACUUUUUUGCAUUGCAACCAUUUUGAUCUGUGCUGUCUAUGAGUGGUACUUAAAGAAAACCUUUUUUUUUAGGUGUGCCCUGCAAGUAUUGGAUCUAUGCGGGCUCCAAGGAGACGAAGGAGGGAUGGGAGACCCCAUGGGUGGCUGGUCUCUUACAGUAGCCCUAUGCACUAUGGUGGUUCAGGCCAGAGCAGGGGCACAGAGGGCUCAGAGGAGAGAAGGAGAGCGGGAGAGGAAAAGAUUCUCAGCUCUAGAGAGAGAAAAAGAUGUUAAAAGAGAAAGGGGGCUGUGGAAGAGGGAGUCAAAUGGAGAUGAGGUUGACAGGAAAACUCUAGGGGGAGAUAACAGCGAAGGAAUGAGAUCAUGUGGAUCUCUAAAUGAAGAGGAACUGGCUAAAGGAGUCAGGAGGAGGAUGGAAAUGGAGAGGAGAAGAGAAACUGCUUUGCCAGGAGGCAGCAGGAAGGAGACAGAAGAGAAAGAAGUAAAUAGUGAUGUGUUGGUGCAUGUGAGAGCUGAUCUUUUUGUAAACGCCCGCUCUUGGGAGCGUGUCCGUGCUGCUUUAAGCACACAGGGACCCCUGAAGCUUCAGUGCAGAUACCUUCGUGUAGAAGAGAUUUCAGUGUCUAGUAUAAGGACCUUGCUAGACCUCCUGCCUCAUCAGGGUCUCCUUGGCAUCGAUAUCCGUUACAGCAGCCUCGGGGUGGCAGGCUUGGUUGAGCUGCUGCCUCUGCUCUCCACCUUCCCCUUUCUACAGUCUCUCCGCCUUCACUACUGUAACUUGGACUUUCGCAGAGACCACCCUGGUCAGGAAGAGGCCUUGAGGGAGUUGUCUCAGGGUCUAGCAAAGCUUCAAGAACUGCGGCGCCUCAGCCUCACUGCACUGCGACUGCCAGGACAGCUGCGAGUGCUGCUCAGGUCUGACUUGAUUUCCAAAUGUUUCCUCUAUCGUAUCUUAACUAAUGACACUGCCUCAGUGAAUGUUUGAAUUAAUUAGUUACUAUUUUUUAUAAAUAAUGCCUGAUUUCCUCCUGUUUCAGUUCUCUGCCUCAGCCUCUGGAGAUACUGGAGUUGCCAUAUUUGAGCCUGAGCCCAGCAGACCUCGCCUAUCUGUCCUGCAGCCAUCAUGCUUCUACUCUACAGCAGCUCGACCUCAGUGAGAACUCUGUGGAUGAAAGCACCCUGCCCUCCAUCCGUCGUCUCCUCUCCCAGGCCUCCAGUAGCCUUCAGCACCUUACUCUGAGUGGCUGCGGUCUCACUGAUGGCCUGCUGGCACUGCUGCUGCCCUCACUGGGAGGCUGCUGGGCCCUCAAGAGCUUAGCUUUGGCCCUAAACCCACUCUCUGUGGCUGGCCUAAUGAACCUGGUGAGAAUGGCUGUGAGAAUGCCUUCUCUCCGUCACUUACUCUACCCAAAUCCCCUGGAGGACUACCAGCCGGGCCUCCCCGACCAGCCCUCCAGCGCUCAGCUCUUAGACUGGCCGCUAGACGAAGCCACAGAGUUCAACACAACCAGCAUCCAGCUCAACAGGGUGCUGAAAGAGAGCGGGCGCUCUGACCUCUUUCUGACCUGCGACCUGCUCAAUUAUGAUAAAGACUUGGUGGAUUAGAGCUGAGGUGGAGCAGAGGAUGCAAGGGCUUUUUGUACUUAAUGACAAUCUAAAUUGUCAUUUUUUAUGGUUUUGUUGUCAUUUUCCUGCUAAAGUGGACAUUUUAACCAUUUAUGUACUUUGUAAAAAUCACUGCAAAAAGGUAGAAACUUUGAUACAAUGAAGAACUCAAUGAAGGCUUCAUAAAUUCCUUUCAAGUACUGAUCAUGCUUGUAAAAAUACCGUACUAGCCAGGGUUAAUUGUUUGAAGACAGAAGGAAGACAAUUAUAGUGCGAUUUAUUUGCCUGACAGCAGAGCUAGUAAAACAAUGUAGGAUUACAUUAGAUAAUUUCUUCCCAUUAUAAGUAAAAGUUAACAGCUUGAAAUAAAAUGGUGCUCUACAACUUCAAAACAUUCACUUCUUGCCUGAUAUGAGUUAUAAGUACAAGCUGGAUUUGUAUCAAACAUCAUUAUAUUUGCGACACGAAGAUUACAGGCUGUCUCCUCUUGUGCCUUUUUACCUGUUACAUAUACUGUCUUUAUACAUGGAGUUUAUUCAAGUACAAUAUUUGAUCAGCUAUUUGGAGAAAGUUUUGCAUCAACAACCAAAACAAGUUUAGUUUAAUAUUAGUACAAGUACAUAUUGUACAAGCUGUUUGCUAAGUACCUGCAUAUUUUUGUUUGAGCAUAAAAUGAAUGUAACAAAGAAAUGUAAGCUUUAUAUCCAACAAAACUGUUGUGUUAUUUGUGCUUUAUUCUAUGUUUAAAGUCUUUUUUUUUUGUUGCAUAUUUUACAAACUUUUCUUGAAUGUCUUAAUUGUUUGCUUUUUCUAUUCAUUCAACAUGUUUGACAUCAAAAGGCAAUCAUCACCAUCAGGAAACACAUGUACCAAAUCACCUUUGUGCCAUAUGGGAUCAUUUACAUACUUAAAGCAACAGAAUAAAUCUGUCCUAAACAAA